AUGGCGGCGGAGCGGCAGGCUGGUGCCGGGACGGAGGAGAAUAAGGAGAAUGAGCGGCCGCUGGCAAGGAAGGCGGGAGCCCUGGGAGACACUCUGGGUCUGGAGAUCCUUCAGAUUAUAAAGGAAUCCCAGCAGCAGCAUGGCAUGCGACAUGGAGACUUCCAGAGAUACAGAGGCUAUUGCUCCCGACGCUUGAGGCGUCUAAGGAAAACACUCAAUUUUAAGAUGGGAAACAGACACAAAUUCACAGGAAAGAAAAUCACUGUGGAGAUGCUGUCUGAUAACAGGUAUCUGCUAAUCAUCUUGAUGGAUGCAGAGAGAGCCUGGAGCUAUGCCAUGCAACUUAAAAUGGAGGCCAACACAGAGCCUCGCAAGCGCUUCCAUCUGCUGUCCCGACUGCGGAAGGCUGUCAAACACAGUGAGGAGCUAGAACGACUCUGUGAUAGUGAUCGAGUGGAUGCAAAAACAAAGUUGGAGGCUCAGGCAUACAGCGCCUAUCUCAAUGGCAUGUUGCAGUUUGAGCAACAGCAAUGGGAAGAAGCAAUGAAAGCCUUCAACAAAUGCAAAACCAUCUAUGAAAAGUUGGCCAGUGCUUUCACUGAGGAGCAAGCUGUACUGUACAACCAAAGAGUGGACGAGAUCUCCCCCAACAUUCGUUAUUGUGCCUACAAUAUUGGGGAUAAGACGGCUAUGGACGAGUUAAUGCAAAUGAGACUUCGUACUGGAGGUGCAGAAGGCCUGCUAGCUGAAAAGCUGGAGACCCUGAUCAGCCAGACAAGGGCAAAACAGGCAGCUACCAUGAGUGAGGUGGAGUGGCGAGGGCGCACUAUUCCGAUUAAAAUUGACAAAGUGAGGAUCUUCCUUCUUGGGCUGUCAGACACCGAGGCUGCUAUUGCUCAGGCUGAAGAUGAGGAGACCAAAGAACGGUUGUUUGAAUCUGUGCUGAGUGAGUGUAGAGAUGCUAUCCAGGGAGUGCGAGAGGAGCUUCGAUCUGAGCAGAGACACAGAGAUGCUGUCAUUGAUGGUGAAACUGGCAAAGUGUCUAACCUACAGUACUUGCACAGCUAUCUAUCCUACAUCAAGCUGUCCACAGCCAUCCAUCGUAAUGAGAGCAUGGCAAGCGCUCUUCAAAAGGCCCUACUCCGCCAGCCACAGGCUGAAGAAGAUGGCAAAAGGAACCCACGACCACAGGACCUUAUCAGACUUUAUGAUAUUAUCUUGCAGAAUCUUGCUGAGCUGACCCAGUUGACCGGUAUGGAGGAUGACCAAAAUUUCCAGAAGGAGAUUGCACUAAAGACUCUGGUGUACAAAGCAUACAGGUGCUUCUUUAUUGCUCAGUCCUAUGUUCUAGUGAAGAAGUGGAGUGAAGCCCUAGUUCUCUAUGAUCGGGUGCUGAAGUAUGCAAAAGAAGUCCGAGCUGGUUCAUCUAAGGGCAGUCUGAAGGAUUUACCUGAUGUGCAGGAACUCAUCAAACAGGUGAAUGCAGAGAAGUACUCCAUGCAGGCUGCUGCCAUACUUGACUCCACCGACAUCACAGAAGAGGUCUCUCCCUCUCAGACAAAAGACAACAAGCCUCUCUCAGACCGUCUGGAUAACUUCUGCUUUGACUCCUCUCUGGUGACCAAACACGCCCGUCUGGUGCAGUUCCCUCCAGACUUCCAUCCAGUCCCUUGUAAACCUCUGUUCUUUGACUUGGCCUUAAACCAUGUAACGCUGCCUUCUCUGGAGGACAAGCUGGAGCAGAAGGCAAAGAGUGGAUUGACAGGAUACAUCAAAGGCAUCUUUGGCUUCCGAAGUUAA